ACUGAAUGAAAAUAUACAUUUGCUAUUCUGGACGGUUAGGUAGUUCAUUCUAGGACACUUUGAAAUAGGCGUUCCGGAUAAAAUAUGGGAUAACUCCACCCGGCCUGGUGAUGAGGACCUUUUUACAGAAAAUAAAUCGAGAGGAGUGUUUGAGACAAGUUCCGCUGAUAACAUUUCUGAUUAUCUUGGCAAUCAUCGAAACGUUGGGUAACUUAUUAGUGUGUUAUGUCUACACGAAAAAAUACUCCGCGUCUAAUUGUCGUACUUUUAUUAUAGUGUUAUCUGCCAUUGACGUGUUUGUAUGUGCGGUGAUAAUACCGUUUGAGAUAUUGGUACUUAUGAGAGAAUACAACUUUAAACAUGCUUGGAUUUGUAAAGUUUCCGUAUUCCUUAACACGUGGUUGAUGUUAACAGCCGGGUGUUUACUAUUAGCCAUCGCGAUAGACCGAUACAGGAAGGUGUGUCGACCAUUUUCAUGGCAGAUAACUCAUGUUGCCGCAAGAAACAUGUGCAUAAUGGCAGGACUACUGGGUCUUGCCUUUUCUUGGAUUUCACCAGUGAUAUAUGGCGCACAAAAAUCAACACAUAGUGUUUAUAAUAUCACAAUCUCGCAGUGCACUGAAACUUAUGCAAUGCAAUUAACAGUAUGGCCGCUUAUAAACAAUAUAUCUUUCGCUGUUUUGUUCAUUGGAGCUCUGACGGGGAUUGUUGUAAUGUACUGCUUUAUUGCUAUAAGAGUUAGACAACAUAUUGAAAGGAAAAGCAUGUUUCUGCCAAAUCGACAAACAUACAUAGUUAACGAUGCGGAGGUAAGCGAAAUGACAAUCAUGUCCGGUAAAGUAGCUGUCCGAAAAAAGGCAAAGUUAGUUGAAGACGACACAAGCGAUGGUCUUUUUCGGAGCAGUGAUUCUCUUGACCGGAAGAGUGUGAACGAAACAUCGGAACCAGAGAAAACGUCAUUGGUUUUGUGUUCAGUUGAUCGUGUUAAAAGCGAGAACCGGUCGGUAAACCGGAAAUCAGUUAUAAGCCGGAUGUUGUCUUUUGGCAGACAUUCACUGUCUUUGACAAAAUCAUUAUCCACAUCAACAACUAAUUCUGUGAGACAAAACAUUCGAAUAGACCCAGAAGCUCAAAGGCAAAAGCAAAGAACUGCGUAUAUAAUGUUUUUAAUUUCGCUUGCAUUUAUUAUCAGUUACCUGCCCUUGAUUUGUCUUUUAUUAAUACGCGUCUCAGACAACAGAUUUGUGCCUUCAUUGAAUGACACAGAGAGGGCUGUUUACAAGUUUUGCUUGAGAUCAUACUAUAUAAACUGUGUUGUUAAUCCCUUUAUAUAUGGAUUAUGGGAUUCGAGAUUCCGGAAGUCGUGCAGAAAUAUCGUCUGCAAAGGAAUAUGUAAAUAGUUCCAUAAAUUAAACCGAUAAAUGAAUAAAUGAGUUAAACACUAUUAAAAGGCUUCGUCGCAUAUGUAU